AUGACGAACGAUCCAAUUGUCAUGUACAUGCACUACACUGAGGAGUUAAACACUCUUACCUCUGAGCAUGUGGAUUGGGAGCCAUAUGGUAGCUUUUACCGUAUUGGUGCGGCGAUGACUGACCUCCACCCAAAGUGCACAGAGGAGUCGGCUUUCUGGUGUAUGCGGCUUGAUAGGCAGCGGCAGAGGAAGAUCACGAAUUGGCAUGUCUAUCAUAGGAUUCACGUGUCAGCGUUCGAAAACUGUUUGGAGGCGGUACGGCUUGGCGGACAUGUCGAGGUUGUCCCGUACGACGCGACCGCCUUCAACAACUAUAUCCAGUGGUUUCAUCAAAACACGCGUAUCGAGUUAGUGAACUACGCGUAUGAUGAAGACAUCUUGGACGAGCCCAUCGCGUUCGAUGAGGUUGCGCAAAGCCAGUACGACAGGAUUGCUCGAGCAGGGAGAUCGACUUCUAUUGCUUCCUCCCUGAACUUUGUGCGGUCCGAGAUCCAAAAAACAGCUGACGAGUGUGAGGUUAUUUGGGAUCAGAGCCAUAGAGAUGAAAAGCCUAUCGGAGCGAUGCGGUAUUUCAUUAAGAAGUUGCGGCGGUUAGGCAACUUGCUAGGUUGCCGCAAGGGCGAAAUUCCUACAUCCUCUUCUGAAGAUGAACGUCGUGGUUCGGAGAUUCCUGACGACACAAUUCUGAGUCAAGCCAAGGAGCAAGGCGCACGGUCUGCGUACAUGUUGAAGCCUAGGGGGAAGGCUCCAAACCGUUACACUCCGGAAGACUGCACGAACCGAGGGAAGAAGGUUGUCGUUGAGUCUGACGAGGAGCCGCCGAAGAGGUCAGCUUUGAGGAGGAUGAGGAACGAUGAGCCUUCCUCCUCAGAGGAAGAGGUGGAGGAAGAAGCAUCACCGCCACCACCACGGAGGAAGCAGCCCACGAGGAGGGGACGUCGAUCUUAG